AUGUCCAACAAUGCUAAUAAUAACAGUAAAAAUCAAGAUUCUAAUGGUAACUUCUAUGUGACCACGUCAGGAGGUAAUAAAAAUGCCCCUAGGCAGAUCCAUGUUGCUCAUAGAAGAACCCAAAGUGAAUUAACAAACUUGAUGAUCGAACAACUGACUUUACAGAAACAAUUGGAGGCUGUGCAACAGCAACAACAACAAUUAUUAUAUCAACAGCAACAGCAAUAUCCUUCCAAUACAUCUUAUAUCCCACCUAAUCCACACUAUGGGAACCAGUCUAUUCCAGGCUCUUCUGGUAGUAGGAGUAGGACACAUUCAAGAAACAAUUCCAGUUAUUAUCACGAAAAUACUAAUAAUCCCAACAAUGCAAGCUCCCAUAGAAGAACUGGCUCCCAGUCUAGUGUCUAUGGCCAUUCUAGAAGACAUUCUUUGGGAUUGAAUGAAGCAAAGAAGGCUGCCGCAGAAGAACAAGCAAAGAGAAUUGCCGGAACUGAGACGCCAACCUUCUUAGUGCCUUCAAUUAAUUAUAAUAAUCAAGAAUAUUCUUCUCCACGUAGUACAUCUGUUGACGAACAAUCUAGCUUCAAAUUUCCCCCUCCCGCUUCCUCAAAUAACGGUAAUUCUCCGAAUUAUGAACAUCGUUAUUCAUCUUCAAAUUUAUCACCUUCUUCAUUCAAGUUCCCAGCUAGUGGCAACAACAAUAAUAACAAUAAUACUAAUAUGAAUACCAAUAAAGUCAAUGAAUUCUCAUCACCUGGCAUUAAUUCAAAUUGGAGAACCCAACAACAGCAGUCCCCAUUUCGUCAUAGAUCAUCAAAUUCUAGAGAUUUCGCUAAUACUUUACAACAACCUGCAUUUUUUCCUGGACAUAAACAACGCAAUUCAAAUUCGUCUGUGGCUUCAACUAAUUCAAACCAAAACUCAAAUAACAAUCGUAAGUCCCUUUUUGCUCCUUAUUUACCACAAGCUAACAUACCACAGCUAAUCGAGGAAGGUAGAUUGGUUGCAGGUAUCUUAAGAGUUAAUAAAAAGAAUAGAUCAGAUGCAUGGGUUUCUACAGAAGGAACAUUAGAUGCAGAUAUUUACAUUUGUGGUUCGAAGGAUCGUAACAGAGCUCUAGAAGGUGAUCUUGUUGCAGUUGAAUUAUUAGUUGUCGAUGACGUUUGGGAUUCAAAAAAAGAAAAGGAGGAAAAAAAGAGAAGAAAAGACGCUUCUACGCAACAUGAUUUGAUUAGUCUUUCAUCUAAUGAUGAUUAUCAUAAUGAUGCCUCUGCAACAACAUCGACUACUGGUAAGGUCGUUGACGAUUUCAAAAAUUCCGAUGAUGGUUUUUUAUCUCCAACUAAGCCACUUGGAGGAGGAUUUAUGGUUAAAAGAAAAAACUCUUUAAAGCAACGUCCUACUCAAAAGAAAAACGAUGAUGUGGAAGUGGAGGGUCAAUCUCUGUUGCUAGUUGAAGAAGAAGAAAUUAAUGAUCAGUAUAAACCUUUAUACGCCGGUCAUGUGGUUGCUGUUCUUGAUCGUAUCCCUGGUCAACUUUUCAGUGGUACAUUAGGCCUACUAAGGCCAUCGCAGCAGCAGCAGCAGCAACAACAAUCACAGUUGCAUUCUAAUGACUCAGCUGUCCCUCAAAAUAAACCCAAAAUUGCAUGGUUCAAGCCCACUGAUAAAAAGGUACCUUUAAUUGCAAUUCCUACUGAAUUGGCACCUAAAGACUUCGUUGAAAAUGCUGAUAAAUAUGCUGAUAAACUAUUUGUUGCAUCUAUUAAGCGUUGGCCUAUCACUUCAUUGCAUCCAUUUGGUAUUUUGGUAUCAGAAUUGGGUGAAAUUAAUGAUCCAAACACAGAAAUAGAUUCCAUCUUAAGAGACAAUAAUUUCUUAUCUAAUGAAUAUUCUGAUCCAAGAGAUCCAAGGAGAGAAAAAUCCAAUUUACAAGCUAUACCUAUAUCGAGCGAAAACUAUUCCAAAAGAAGAUUUUUCACACCAGAGAGAGGUUAUGAUGACGUCUUAGCUUUAACUUUCAACAAUUCACUUUCUGAUUUUGCAAUUCAUAUUAAAGAAAUUGAUGCCGAUAGAAUUGAGUUAGGUUGUCAUGUUGUGGAUGUCACCGCACAUAUUGAGGAGGGCUCAUCAUUAGAUAAGAGAGCAAGAAAGAGAUCUACAAGUGUUUUUAUGCCACAAAAGACUGUUGAUUUAUUACCUCAGUUGUUGAAUGAAUUUUUGACGUUAAAACCUGGUAAUGAGGCUGCAACUAUUUCUGUUGUCUAUACGUUGGAUGCCGAAACAAUGAAAAUUAAGUCAACAUGGAUUGGAGAAACGAUUAUAUCACCAUCCAACAUUAUGGAUGUUCAAGAAUUUGACGAUGACAUAACGGCUCCAAGUAUUCGAUUGGUUGAGCGUAUUGCAACAGCAUUUUAUCAUGAAAGAAUGGGUUUCGAUGAUAUUAAUCUUUUACCAUCACUUUCAUUAUUUGAAACUCUCGACGAUGAAAAGACGAAGGUUGAUUUGAAUAUUAUGGAUAGAAGCUUAGGUUUUUUGAUUAUCAACGAAAUUCAACGUAAGGUGAAUGCUACAGUUGCAGAAACUCUUUACUCUAAAUUGGGAGAUAGUUCAUUUUUAAGAAGAGGAGCUCAACCUACAGUCACCAAAAUGGCCACUUUUGAGAAGAAAAUGAAAAAAUUAGGCUAUGAAGUUGACGUAAGCUCAAGUGAUACAGUUUUAAGAUCAAUUUUAGCUAUAAAAGAUGACGAUGCUAGGAUCGGUGCUGAGGUGCUUUUAUUCAAAACAAUGUCAAGAGCCAAGUAUUUCGUUGCAGGUAAAGCUGAUCCUGACCAAUAUGGUCAUUAUGCGCUUAACUUACCUAUAUAUGCACAUUUCACAUGUCCAUUGAGAAGAUAUGCGGAUCACGUCGUCCAUAGACAAUUGAAGUCUAUUAUAAAUGGAAUACCUUAUAAUGAAGACAUCGAUUCACUAAAAAUUACUGCUGAAUACUGUAACUUCAAGAAAGAUUGUUCGUACCAAGCACAAGAACAGGCUAUCCAUUUAUUAUUGUGCAAGACCAUCAAUGAUAUGGGUGACAAAACAGGCCAAAUUUUAACUAUGGCUACUGUUUUGCAGGUAUACGAGUCUUCCUUCGAUGUUAUUAUCCCAGAGUUUGGUAUUGAGAAGAGAGUACAUGGUGAUCAGCUUCCUCUAAUAAAAGCAGAAUUUGAUGGCCUAAAUAAGGUACUAGAAUUACAUUGGCAACCGGGUGUUGAUAGCGCAACUUUCAUCCCGGCAGACGAAAAGAAUCCAAAAUCUUACAGGAACUCAAUAAAAAACAAAUUCAAAUCUACAAGCGAGGAAAUUGCAAGUUUAGAAUCGUCUAGAUUGAAGGACCCAGCUAUUUUUGGAGAAGAACUAAGUUCUGAAUUAUCUAAACUACAUUUGACUGAACCAAAAUUAAGAUUACCAGAAUCACUAAGGAAGGAUGCCAAGGGAAGUGUCCUAGAUAAAUUUAUUUCUACAACUGUGACGAGAAAGGAAAAUGAAAAUUGUAUCCAAGAAAUUCGUGAACUUCAAAAAGUUCCCAUAUUACUUAGAGCAGAAAUUGGAAUGGCACUUCCAUGCUUAUCAGUUCGUGCGCUCAAUCCAUUUAUGAGAAGAGGGGCCUAA